AUGACACUGACCCUCUUCAUCGGCAAUAAACGCUACUCCUCAUGGUCAAUGCGGCCUUGGGUCCUCCUCAAAGCCCUCGAAAUUCCCUUCGAAGAAAAGGUCUACUUCUUCAAACCCGGCGCCGUGCAGCAAGACUUUCUAUCUUUCUCCCCGACGGCCAAAGUGCCCUGUUUACACGAUACUCCCACCUCGAUCGUUGUCUGGGACUCGCUCGCCAUAUGCGAGUACAUCGCCGAGAAAUACCCCACCGCCUGGCCGGAAGAUAUUGUUGCGCGUGCAUUUGCUCGAAGUGCGUCUGCCGAGAUGCAUUCUGGGUUUUCUGAGUUGCGAAAUACGUGCCCGAUGAAUGUUGCAUCGAAGACCGAGUUAGGAGUGCGCAGCGAGGGGCUUCAGAAGGAUAUCGCUCGGCUCAACGCAUUGUUCGAGGAAGGAUUGACGAGAUUUGGCGGGCCUUGGUUGGCAGGGAAGGAAUUCACUAUUGCCGACGCCAUGUUUGCUCCGGUCGCUUCGCGGUGCAGGACUUAUGGCAUUCAGCUAGAGGGCAGAGCUGGGGAGUAUGUGGAUCGGCUGUUCCAGCACCCUGCCGUGCAAGAGUGGGUUCGCGGGGGAAUUGAGGAAGGAGCACAAUAUUACGCGGGUCUGCCUUGA